AUGUGGGACCGGCUGCGGGGCAGUCGGGCGGCGGGCGGCGGCCGGAGCGGGGCCGCGAUGGCGCAACGCGACGAGAAGGUGCCGGCGGCGGCAGGAGAGAGCGAGCCCGGGGCCGGGGCCGGGGGGGGCCCGAGCGGGGCCGCCGCGCCCUUCCAGCCCCGCGAAGGUGGCUUCGGCUGGGUGGUGGUCUUCGCCGGCUGGUGCAACGGCUCCAUCUUCGGGAUCAACAACUCCUUCGGGAUCCUCUACAUGAUGCUGCAGAGCGACCUGGGCGAGGGGGAGAAGGACCCGGCGCUGGAGUUUAAAACAGCAUGGGUUGGCUCCUUGGCCAUGGGCAUGAUUUUUUUCUGCUCUCCCAUCGUCAGCAUCUUCACCGACCGGCUCGGCUGCAGGACCACGGCAGCCAUGGGAGCUGCCAUCGCCUUCAUCGGCUCCUCUAGCAGCCACUUCACUCCCUCCUUGAGUGUCUCUGGAAGUCGUUAUUUCACAUAUGGGAUCCUCUUCGGCUGUGGCAGCUCCUUUGCCUUCCAGCCCUCACUGGUCAUCCUUGGUCACUACUUCAAGCGCCGCCUUGGCUUGGCCAACGGCAUCGUGGCCGGCGGCAGCUGCCUCAUCUCCGUGCCGCUCCCCUUCUUCCUGAAGAUGGUCGGGAAGGCCAUUGGGCUGGCACAUACUUUCCAAGUACUCAGUGCCUUAAUGCUCAUCCAGAUCUUCUUGUCCAUGACCUACCGGCCCACCCUACCACCCUCCUGUGACUCUCAGCACGACGGGCAGGACAAGCUGGGCAGCCGGAGUGCACGGCAGCAGUGCUGGGCCCAGACACGCAGGUAUUUCAACUUGAGGGUUUUCCGGAGAAAGACCUAUCGGAUUUGGGCCUUUGGGAUCGCUACUGCUGUCCUGGGAUACCUCGUACCUUACAUGCACCUGGUAAAAUACGUGGAGAAGCGAUUUAAAGAGACCAAAAAGGACUGGAUCCUCCUGGUCUGCCUUGGAGGCAUGUCGGGCUGGGCGCUUGGUUCAGGCCGUAUUGGUGACUGCAUCCCUGGGCUGAAGAAGAUUUACCUGCAGGUUGCAUCCUUCAUGCUGUUGGGCAUCCUGUGCAUGAUGAUCCCCCAGUGCCAAGGCUUUGAGGGCGUCAUUGUCAUCUGCCUCUUCCUCGGCCUCUGCGAUGGCUUCUUCACCACCAUCAUGGCCCCCAUUGCCUUCGAGCUGGUGGGGCCCAUGCAGGCAUCCCAGGCCAUAGGGUACCUUAUGGGGCUGAUGGCUGUGCCCAUGACCGCGGGUACACCCAUAGCAGGAUACCUCAAUGAUUAUUUUGGGAAUUACGACGCGGCCUUUUACUUCGCCGGAGUCCCCCCCAUCAUCGGCGCCUUGGUGCUCUCUGUGGUCCCGCUGGUCCAUCAGAGGAUGCUGAAGAAGCAGCGCCUGGAUUCCGGCAAAGACAAGAUGCUGGUGUCGGAGGCCGUGGACGGGGAGCUGCUGCCGGGCUGCCCGGCCUCUGAAGCGCACAUGUGACCCCGCUCCCCGCACACCCCGUGGCCAUCAGCAGCCUCUCCAUAGCCCCAGCACAGGCCCUUUUUGCAGACAGACCAUAAUUCCCAGUGAUUGCAGAUGCACCAUGUUUGUAAAG